ACUUCAUAUCGACUUGUGGUAUUACGUCAUUUGUACGCGCCGCAGACCACUCCACGACACCGAGCAUGGGACACCUUGGUGGCAUAUUUCUUAUAAUUCACUUGGUAACCUGCUGUCAAAGUUUGGACACAUCAGCGGGCAGUCAGCCUGACUGCAAUCAGUCGCAGUUCAGGUGCACUAAUGGGAAGUGUAUUCCACGCCCCUGGGUCUGCAACGGGAACAGAGACUGUGAGGAUGACGCUGACGAACUCGGUUGCAGUGUGCUGAAGUGUAAGAGAGACGAGUUUCCCUGCCGUGACGGCACAGGAUGUGUCUCCCGCAGCUUCCUCUGCGACGGGGCGGACAACUGCGCCGAUGGCAGUGACGAGGCCUCCUGUCGGAACUGCACCGGGGACUUCUUUCAGUGCGGGCGGAUGGACAUCUAUGUGCCCAGAGCCAGGCUCUGUGACGGACAGGCCGACUGUCCCGACGGGCAGGACGAAGGCGGGGACGAGUGUCCGUCGGCCGUGCUCCCGGCCCCUCCUUCGUGUGCUGACUCGGAGUUCCAUUGUGGCGACGGUCAAUGCGUGCCUCACUCCUGGAGGUGUGAUCACUCCCCCGACUGCGGCGAUGGGAGUGAUGAGGACAACUGCGAUCAGAAUGAGUGCCGUGUGAACAACGGCGGCUGCUCUCACCUGUGUGUGGACAUGCCUAUGGGCUUCCUCUGUGACUGUCCCAGCGGUAUGAGGCUGGUGAGAGACACCCACUGUGAGGAAAUUGAUAUGUGCCUGGAUAUGGACGUGUGCGACCAACUGUGUGUUCGUAAUAAUGGAACCUUCAUCUGUGAUUGCCAUGAGGGUUACAUGAUACGUCCAGGAACAGGAGAGUGCAUGGCAAAAGGAGGUGUUGCCCAGCUUGUGUUUAGCAGUUCUGAGGGGCUUCAUCUGGUCAGCACUGCUGGAUCGGAGUACAGGGAGAUAUCCUCAGGCUUGCUGGGGCCUGGAGCUAUGGCCGUCCUCGCAGAAAACCACACACUCUACUGGGCGGGACUGGGAAAAGGCUCUGUCUACAGGAUACCUAUGGAUGGAAUCUCUAAGAAGCCUGUUCUGUUGUUACAAGGCCACGGCGCUGUGCUGGGAUUGGCUGUGGACUGGGUCCGUGAGCUACUCUAUCUGACCAAUGCAAACAGUCACUCAGUGAAUGUUGCUGCAUUGGACGGCUCUUCACAACGGCUUCUGAUUGGAGGGUUGGACAGGCCAACCGGGGUGGCUGUGGAGCCGUUACUAGGUCUUGUCUUCUGGGCUGACAGUGGAACCUCCCCCAGGAUUGAGCGAGCAAGCUUGGACGGACACAACAGGACAGUGCUGGUGACCUCAGUCAUCUGGAACCCAGUUGCCAUUUCACUGGAUGGGCCACGGCUGCUUCUGUUCUGGGCUGAUGCUGGGAUGCGCACCAUUUCCAGAAUUGACUUUGAAGGGCGUCAUCGGAAAACAGUGGUUGAAUCGAAUGGAUACCUAGACAAGCCCUUUGGCUUAGCGGUGUUUGAGGGACGUGUUUAUUGGAGUGAAGCAACGACAAAGUCCAUCUGUUCAGCUGAAAAACACAAUGGCAGUCGCUUUCACGUCCUUCUUCACAGUAUAAAAUCUCCAGGAGGAUUAGUACUUGUACAUCCAGUUCUACAAUCCAAAGAAUCUGUUGUUUCUCAUCCAGUUCCAAAUCCGGCUCUGUCAGAUCACACCUUUGCCGGACUCCUUGCGGUUAUUGUCCUGCUGAGUGUGCUACUGGUGGGACUGAUCCUGUGGUGGUGGAGAGAGGAGUUUAGCCCCUCCAGAACCCUCAUCCUUCAAGACUUCUCUCUGAAGGAGUCCCAGGACCCCCUCAUCCACAUGCCAGCCAGAUGCCCUCAAACAUGUCCUAUCAAGGACACACUCCUUCAGCUGGACUUGGACCACGACUGAGUCCUGGCGUUGUGUACCAUCCUACACCACCAUGCCUCUGAGGGACUUGUCCUCCUGCUGUGUACCUGAUGAGACGAAACAACAAGGAGAAUUCCUGCACCUUUUCCAGUAAUCCUACCAGACCUAAUAUCUUUUCCUCGGAUAACAAGGUCCUGUAACACCUCUAAGACCAAUUCCAACCGAAUUAUAAAGUUAUUAUGUUGUGGUUUGACAAAGAAACAAAUAUGCUGUUUUCUUGUGUUAAGACAACCGAGGGCAACUACUCACUUAAGAACACUGUUAAUAUUGUCUGAUCUGUAGUUGUUUUUGACUAGAAUUUCUUGCAUAUACAUUAAACUGAUAAGUUUAAUUGAAAGUCAAUCAUGCCGGGAAUGGUUUUGUGUGAUCGGUUUGUUUCUUGGUUGGUGUCCUAGACUUUGUUUAGAACAGUCUGAACAAAAAUUGUAUAAUCACUCUUGAUAAUUUAAUCAGCACAAAAGCUGAAGUAUUAUUACAGUUAAUGUAAGAUGCAUAUCAGUUGAAUCUAGAACCUGCUGAACAAUUUGUUGAAUGUGUAUGAGCUAAUAUUUAUUUUUGAAGAUGUUUUUUCUUAGUUGAAAGAGUACACCCUGUAAACAAAGCAAUA